GGUUAGGCCGAGCGGCGCGAGUCUGCGCAGUGGAGGAGGGGUGUCUGGUUCCGGUUCAGCUUUUCCCUGUGCAGACGUGUGGCGGAAGAGGGUCAGACGCUACGUCUGAGGGAAGAGACGCGAAGAUCAGGGUUGAAGUGAGUUUUUUUGAACGUCUGUAUUUUUUAUUAAGUCUUUAAAAAAAUACAACAAGAUGGCUUCCAAAAGAGCUCUGGUCAUCCUGGCUAAAGGAGCAGAGGAGAUGGAGACAGUCAUCCCUGUGGAUGUCAUGAGACGAGCUGGAAUUAAGGUCACUGUUGCGGGUUUGGCUGGAAAAGAGCCAGUACAGUGCAGUCGAGAUGUUGUCAUUUGUCCUGAUGCCAGUCUUGAAGAUGCAAAAAAAGAGGGACCAUAUGAUGUGGUGGUUCUGCCAGGAGGUAAUCUUGGUGCACAGAAUUUAUCUGAGUCUGGUGCCGUGAAAGAGAUACUGAAGGAGCAAGAGAAGAGGAAAGGCCUCAUAGCCGCCAUCUGUGCAGGUCCUACAGCUCUGUUGGCUCAUGAAAUAGGUUUUGGAAGCAAAGUUACAACACACCCUCUUGCUAAAGACAAAAUGAUGAAUGGAAAUCACUACAGCUAUUCAGAGAACCGUGUGGAGAAGGAUGGCCUUAUUCUUACCAGCCGCGGUCCCGGCACCAGCUUUGAGUUUGCUCUUGCUAUUGUUGAGGCGCUCAGUGGCAAGGAGGUGGCCGAUCAGGUGAAGGCACCACUCGUUCUUAAAGACUAGCACAGAAAUACAUGAUAAUGAGUUAGAGAAAUAGGCCGGAUAUGAUCUGUUCUCACUGUGUUAGAUGUCAUCAGAAAUGAGAUGUCACGUUACUCUGUUCGUGAAGUAACAACUAGACAGAGACACCUCAACCUGCUCAUUUUGUGUCCAUACAUUUCUGAAUCUUGUAUGCAGGAUAAACAGGUUAUUUAGCAAACUAAUGAUUGUUGUUUCUUUUGUGAAAUCAAAUUUAUUAUCAGCUUCAUUUGCAGUGCUUAAUCUUUGAUAGAGCUACUGAAAUAAGAGAAUAGUUGAAUGCAUUUUUGCAUGGCAAGUGGGAAAAGCCUAAGAGCAAAGAUUUAAGAGGUUUGUGAUUUUCUCCUGUUCAUUAACUGUAUUUUUAAUGUGCUUAUUAAAAGAAUAUCAGUGAAA